CAUUAGAAUUCCAAGCCCGUGCACCGUGAACAUGCUCUCAGCGCCACCGGAGUGACCGACACCACCGAUUUACUCAUCGAGCAGCUUUUCGGGAUUAAGGUGGGAGACAGAAACGCACUCUCUGGGUCUCUCGUAUGUUACUGAGAAUGAUCAAAUACCGUCUCCGGUGGAAAAAAGCGAUGUUGAUUGAGCGGCGGCUGCGCGCGCUCGUGUGAAGCGCGAGGACUCCGGUGCGCGCGACCGGACUGGGUGAACGGUAACGUCCACGGCGGCGGCGGCGGCGCUUCGAGACUCCGCCGUACCGCAAAGCUCCGGUCACGGAGGACUAAGAACAGGAUCCACAUCGGACCCGCGUCAUGCCACGCUCCCCGCGUCUCUGAUCCAUUUCCACCUCUUAGUAUAAGAGAAUCAUGAGCACUGUGGAGGAAGACCCGGAUCACAUGAUACCAUGAAGAGAAGCCUGCAGGUCCUGCCUAACCAGCUUCUGAGCAUUCUUCUGAUCCUGUCAGUACCAGAGAAGCUGGUGUCCUUUGCAGAGGAGCUCUCCCCAAGUUGGAAACCACGGAGCCUUGUCUCCAUGUUACAUUCUUCAAACCCUCCUGGCUGGUGGAAGGAAUCUAGUAAUGGAGACCAGCCCACUUUCAUGGGUCAUGAUGCCUCCAUGCCUCGCAUGGGUCACACUACAACAGUCAAGUCUAGUUUUGGACUAAGUCCAAUGCUUAGUAUUAAAUCAAGAGACCAUUCUUUGAUUCAGAACUCUGUUGGACCUGAUUCUAAAAGAACCAGCUCCAGAUCCAUGACUGCAUUAUCCAUGUUGUUGAAUUCCAGUGCUGUUUCUGAGAAUCUGGCUGCUGAGGGGCUUCAAAGAACUGAGCAUUUCCAACCAAGGUCCAAAAAUAAUUUUGAGCAAUUGAGGUCCACUGAAAAGACCCAAGGGAUGAGAGUUGAAGAGCCAACCGAGCCCAGUUAUGCCUACUCUUCAAUGAUGCCAUCAGGGACAUCCAUCCAUGCUGUGGCACUGGAGAAAAACCAUGGGCACCGUGCUCAUGCCAUCACACUACGUGAUGCUCCUGAAAACCUUGAGGUUUUAGAGAACGUGCCUGUGUCCACAUCAGAGUCUCCCAGUCUGCCCACCUAUGUUCCUCUUGACACAACUAAGCAGUCAAAAACAAAUAAAGUUACCUUCUCAAAUGGGGCUGUUAGCAUUUCUGUAGAUGGCAGCUCAACAAAGACAUUAGGUGGCACAAAUACCCCUGUCACCAUAACCAGUGAUGGUUUCAUCUCCCAGACUAUUGUAACAGACACAGGCACUGGCUCCAUUAAUAGCAGUUUAAAUAUAUCAAUGAAACUGUCUCCCCGUCUCAUAAAUGAUUCACGUGCCAACGAGUUAGUCUCGAGUAGACCACCUCCCACCCCAAGAGGACACUGGGGCUCAGGGAACCAAUCACACCCUGAUCUUGACUCAGCCGAAAACCCUGCCACCAUUUGCCUGACCAAAAUGGAUAUUGUAUGGGUGGUGCUUGUUAUCAGUGUGCCUGUCUCCUCCUGCUCUGUGUUGCUGACUGUGUGCUGCAUGAGAAAGAAAAAGAAAUCAGCCAGUCAUGAGAACAACCUGAGCUACUGGAACAACACCAUCACCAUGGACUACUUCAACCGCCAUGCUGUGGAACUCCCUCGCGAGAUACUGCCACUGGAAACUGUCGAUGAGCGGGAGACAUGCUUACCCCCUAAUGGUGACUUCAGCGACAGUGGGGUUGUGCUGGUUAACCCUUUCUGCCAAGAGACUCUCUUCAUCAACAGAGACAAGGCCUCUGACAUCUGAGCAUGUCACCAUUAUCAAAGCUUGUCUGUUUUCUUUUUUUUCUUACUCAAAGUUUUUUUUUUAAUAUUAUAUAUAUUAUAUUAUAAAUAUAUAUUCUUUGGUGAACCUUCAGAGACUGAGCUUUAUAUAUAUAUAUAUAUAUAUAUAUAUAUAUAUAUAUAUAUAUAUAUAUAUAUAUAUAUACACUAAGAUAUAUAUACAAGUUUAAAAAGACAAACGAAUGAAUUAAGAGCACUCUUGCUGUAAGGGUAAGGCCCCUUGCAUAUUUUUUCCUGAUGUACAUUUUCUACAGAUGCUUAAUUGUGAUAAGGGUUUUUAUGUCUUUUUUGGAUAAAAGCAGUGUGUGUGUGGUUUCUGUGGUGUUCAAGUGGCUUGGAAUAUAAAGCAAUGCAAUGUAUGCUGUAAAGAUGUGUGUGAUCUUACCCAAAACACUUAAAAACUUAAAAGCCUGAUGAACUUGAAUUGCCUGUGUGUGCGAGUCGAUGCGAAAGCAGGUGGCAUUUGGUAUGUGCCUGGGUUCAGGGAGGCACCUAAACCUUGUGGUGUCGGAAGAGGUGUAGUAUGGAGUGUCAUGAAAUAAAGAGAAUUUUAAAGAGAUUUUGUCCUUAUGAGUCACCAGCGCAGGGAUUAUUUGAAAAGUCUAUAGUCCCCUUGUAGACAGCACUGUGUUACUGUGUCCAUUUGCAUGUGGCAUCACUGGUUUCUCACAUAUUUAUUCAGUCCAUUUUUCGUAAUUGUGCCUCUGUAUGGCCACAAAAUAGGUUCGAAGUGAAGCGGUCAAGAUGUGAUUGACGUGUAGACUUUGUUAGCUUUUUUUCAAGGAGUUGAAAAAGUAUUGCAUUAACUGAUUAUGAAAUAUCUGCAUUUAUAUAUUCAAGUUUCAAUUCUUAUUUAUAUCUAUAGCGCUUUUCACAAUGGACAUUGUCUCAAAGCAGCUUUACAGAACAAAAAGUUUCAAUAUAAGUGAAUUAUGUGUAUUAAUCCUCGAUGAGCAAAUCUGUGGUAAUCUUAGAUUGUAUUAGAAACCUUGAUAGGAACCAGACUAAAAGGGGGAAACCAUCCUCAUUUUGGUGAUAUCAAGAGGUCUUAAAAAUAUUAAAAAGUCUUAAAAAAAAAAAACAAUACAAUACACCGGUGAGUGAGAAAUACCCUAAGCACCAGAGUGUGUGAUUAUGAGAAAUGUCCUUUCUACAGUCUUAUACAGUCAGUUGUGUGACAUUUAAUGUACAUGUAAAGUAAUCAGAUGAACUAGCAAUGCUUUGCUAAGCAUUCAGUUGCUUACUUCACAAAAUGCUAAGGAUUUGAGUUAUGGUCUCCACUUCAAUCACAUCUUGCUUGCUUAAUUUCAAACCCACUGUGAUGGUGUAUAGCGGCAAAAUCACAUAAAACAUGUCACCGUCUAAAUACGUAUGGACCUGGCUGUAGGAACGUGUGACAAACCUGAGAUCAUGUCUGUCAGAGAAUACAUCUGUCUGUGUGUGAUUAGGGAUCAUAUUAUGUGUUGCAGCAUUCGUGGAUACCACUGUUCUAAAUUGUUCCUAUAAAUUUCAUGUUUUUAACACACAAUGAUAUUAGCUUGAUAGGUUGAGCUUAGCUGUGUUGGCAAAUUUUGUAUUCUUACAUGCUUAGUGUAUUGUUUCUGCUGAGCCAUUAAACUGGGUUCCUUUAUCAAUACAGUGGCACUCGUAUUAGCUCAGAAAAUGGUGGUAGAUAGUGUCUGCAAUCCCUAAUGACAAAAAGCAGGUGCUUUUAAAAAGGAAAGCUCCAUAAUGUGUGGAACGAGGAAGCCGUUUUGUCUGUUCAUGUAUGUCUUCUGCCUUUAAAAUUGUUUUCUUGUGAGCGUUGAGGUUUGUCCAGUCUUGGACAGCAUUGUUUUAUGCUGAAAGAAUAAGACCAAAAGUUGUCACUCUGUAGUUCUCCUCUGGUGUUUAUUGCUGUAUUGUACAGGUUUUUUCUUUUGGAUGAUUAUGAGUAUUAAACAAAAAAACACUGGAUGUAAUAGAGUAAAAGUAUUAGAAUAAACUGAUCAAAUCAGAGAAAAAUAUUUUAUACUGCAAUAUUUACUUUGAGCAUAUGUAUGAACAUGGUAUUCAGUCAGUCUUUUAGUAAAUGUACCACAUAUUGAGUCAGCUCAGUAACGGUUUCUGUUGUCAUAUACCGAUUUUAUUGUCUGUGUUUUUCUUUUAAUCUUUUAUCAUCUUGUUAUUUUCAAUUUUACAUUUAGGAAGGAUUCGUAGGAAAAAUAUUGGGUUUAUCGUGGACUGCUUUACACAGUUUUUAGGAGAGGGAAUCACAUGUUCAACUUAUUUUGUAUUGUAGCACAUACACUGUACUUUUUACUGCUGAGCAAUAAAAGGAAAAAUGCUU